UUUAUGGUAGGAAAUUCUUUUUUUACUUGCGUCACGUCAUGGCUGGCAUGAAGCUUGAUUACUUUUCUUGCAAAAGUGAGCUUGGUUUUCUUUGAAAGCGGUGGUUUCUGCCAAUGUUUUGACUUUUAUUUACGUUUCGACUAGAGUUCGAUAUGUUUGGUUAGAUGAAAUAAAACGAAGUGUUCGUGUGAGGAUAUGCGUUGUUUGCUCUAGAGAAAGGUGUAAAUCCAUAACAAAAUGAACGACGGGGAUUGGAUAUGCAGUGAUGCGAAUUGCGGAAAUAUUAAUUUUGCACGCAGGGCUUCAUGUUAUAGAUGUAAUAAAGAAAGACCCGACAGUUCCAAAGCCUUCAAAAAGAAAUUAGGCACAGAAAUAGGAAAGACUGCAGCUGAAAAGUCUCGUGGCUUAUUCAAUGCCGAUGAUUGGCAGUGCAACAAAUGUGCUAAUGUUAACUGGGCCCGGCGUCAGACUUGCAAUGUUUGUAAUGCACCAAAGUACGGCGAAGUGGAAGCGCGCACCGGUUACGGUGGAGGUUACAAUGAGCGCGGCGUUGUGGAGUACCGGAGACGUGAACCAUCCUCUGAUGAUGAAUAUGAUGAAUUUGGUAGAAAAAAGCGCAAACGUAAGGCAGACUCCCAAGAGAAAUCCGAAAAGGUUGGCAUCACUGAAGGAGCAGUAUUCAAAAGCUUGCCACCAACAGUGCUGCAGAUGGAAUCAAAUAAAGAACGUAAAAUGCCAGUCCUUGGGCCAAACAUAUCACUAAUUACAAAUAAUCCAAAAGAUAAAAGAAAUGGCAACCUUAGCGAUAGCUCCAUGUGUGAAAUUCCCUCACUAACAAAUGCAGGAGUUAGCAGAUAUCAACAAAUGAACAAUCCGAGACAAGAUUAUAUGUUACCCUCUUACAAACCAAAUGGUACUCAAACAAGAAAGAGAUUCUUAAGUGCCGGUGAUAGGGAGCAAGCAGCUUCAUCAGGCUAUGAAACUGGCUCAAAAAAGAGUAAACAUGAUAGCACAGACUCUCUUAUACCUAAAAUGUAUAACCCAGUAAUGGAAAAUAGGGUUUCAUCCACAAAGAAUGAUCUCGUUUACAAAUUUACAAGACAAAAUCCAGCUGAAGAUUUUCAAGUAACCUACACCUUAGAAGAACGAAUAAGAAGUGCAGCUUUUGCCAUUGUGUACAACAACUGUAAAAUUACCACAGAUAAAUUUGAAGCAUUAUAUGACAAACCAGCACCAGAUUUUAAAACAAUCUUUGCCUGGAGACAGCGGCUUUUGAGCACAGGUUGUUUAGUAGAUUCACAUACAGAAUUAGAAAAAUCUGGAAUGACUACUGACAAAAUCAAAUCUCAAGACAGAAAACCAGUUUGUAAAUUGCCUAAUCCUGAUGAAAUUAUUAUUGACUCUGACAGUGAUGAGGAGGAACCUAAUCAAAAUCUAGAAAAAUCUGGUAGAAGUAUGAGUGCUGAAACUUUGUUCAUUGGAGGGAGUAGAGAAUUGCCAGCAGCUGGUAGCUCAGCCAGCACUGUGGAUGGAAGAGGAUCAGGAGGUAGAAGUUCUCAAUCCACACACCGACAAACUCGUUCGAAUUCCCGCGACAGCCAAGACUCUAACUAUCCAGAUACUGAUUCAGAAAAGGGCUCCAAGUCUGUGAACCCAAGAAACGUUCUGAAAUCAUCAAAUACAUCAACUAGACAGUCCACCCAUGGAUCUGACUCUGAUUCAGUGUCGUAUAACAGUGAAGAAGAUAACUUCUUGUCAAGAGUAUUUGGAGAAGGCAGGAAGAGACGUAAAGUGAAGAGAAGACCCAUCCCUGUGGCACCUACACCUAAACUUAGUAGUUAUGUGUCUACCGACGUCAACACUUUUGAAGGAUACAGUACAGUUAAAAAGGCAGAACAGUCGCCUUUAGUGACUGGUAACAUCUACACAGCUAAUCUCCGUAAUAUGAAUGUAAAGUCUCGUGAAAAUAUUGAUAUUGAUGGCUGUUCCAGUGAGUAUGUUCCUACCAAACUGGGUUCUACUGCUAAAAAGAAUUAUCAAGAGUUUAAAGACAAUGUGCGAAAGAAAGGUUACUGGGCUAAGGGUAAUGGAACUUCUCUGGUGAUAAACAGGCAUAAUAUGUCAAUGGAUGUCAUUCAUAAAACAAAUAGAACCCCAAAUAAACCAAUAGAUGAACCAGUCAAAGCUGUAGAAAUUCACCAGUAUGUUACUGCACAGUCUAAAGCUGUAAAUAAUCAAGCAGAUGAUUUCACUAAAGAUGACAUUGAGAAUUUCGUCAGCACUGAACAUUAUAUGCCUUUUGAUAAACCAGUCAAAACAGAUAAAAAUUGUGUUAUAAGUGAUACUACUGAGAACACUGAUCGCAUUUUUGCUGUAGUGCAAUCUAAUAACACUGCUAAAAACAGAAGUAUUUUAGACAUUUUUGAUAUUAGUGAGCCAGCACAAAGAACUCCAGAUGCUGAAAAUGAUUUGGAAAAGUAUGAUAAUGUGAGAAAAAUGUAUGAGAAUGAAUGGGAUGAAGAGGAUGAAGCACUCUAUAAAAAUUCAGAAUGUGAUGAUCAAGCAACAUUAGGUGGGCAUCAAUCUCCAGCUAUCUCCAACAGGCCUGAGAGUCCCACUUCUGACAUGUUGUACACAACUGACAAAAAGCCCCAGCGAGAACAACCUGGUGAUAAGAAUUUGAUACCAGAAUUCAUCAAAGAUAAACAUGAAAUGCUUUUGGACAUGUUAAAGGAUUUUCAGAACAAGGAAAUAAGUCAGAUGGUAUCUCCACUGAAACAUGGGACCCCUCAGCGUCAAGAGGAGAAUUUGCACCACAAUAUAAUUGAUACUAACUUUAAUAAUUCUAUGGUUGAUCUGGAAUCAAUCCCAAACCCUGUCGCACAUAAACAUGACACAAUUCCAAGUCUUCUUAUCACCAGAAGUGAUUGUAUUCCUAACCCUAUAGUGAGCAAGCCUGAGCGGGCUGUGAAUAUGCUCAUGGACAGAUCUGAAUGCACCCCAAGUAAUACUUUCAACAGAACUGAUAGAAUCAUCAGUCAUCCUUCUGACCCACAUCCUAGAACUUCAGAUCUGCCAGUAAAUACAUCAGACUUGUUUAUGAAUCAAAGCAUAAGAAGACCUGAUCCAGUUCAAAACGUUUUUGUCCCUGGAAUUUCCCCUAUUCCAAAUCUUAACAUAUCAAGAUCUGACAGGAUUUCAAAUCACAAUAUGGAAAGGAGUGAUUUGAUGCCAAAUCAUAAUAUUCCCAGAGCAAGUCAGGGUCUGAAUUAUGUAAUUCCUGGAUCUGAUUUAGCAUAUAAAACAACCCUUAACAGACCAGAACAAAUGACAAAGUACCACAUGGCACGACCUGAACAAGUACCAAACUAUUCCAUGACUAGAUCUGAGUUAAACCCUAAUUUUAAUAUUCCUAUACCUGAGCCAAUUCCGAAAGAAGCGUCACUUGAAAUUUUACGUUUAUCAGAAAGAGUUGGUAGUCAAGUUACUGAAGACAUUCCUAAAACGAUUAGUCCUUCAAAGCGAGUACAUAUCCUUGAAUACGUCACUAUUCAGCCUGGUUCAUUGCCACAGAAGAUUGUCCCAACAAACCAAAAUAACACAUCACAACAUGCAAGUCCCAACGCACCACAGUCAAGUAACACAAAUUUCAUGACUUCAAGCCCUAAUGUUGACGCAAGUAAAGAUACUCCUGCAAAAAUUGCAGAACAACAACAGCCUGUGGCCCAAGUGGACUUGUCAAAUUUAUUAGCUGGCAUAAACACUAACACAUUACUAUUAGCAUUGCAAAAUCUUCAACAAAUAAACCAAAAUUCUUCACCUAAACAUAGUGAACCAACCAAUGCUGAGCAACAAGACACUGAACAACCUGUGCAAGUCACGGAAACCAUCAACUUGACUAAUGACGAAGACUGGGAGAAGGAGUCUAACAGAGACGGGAGCAUUGAGAGGCAGUUGGAGAAACUGGACGGCAACACUGACACUCCUUUUUUAAGUGAUAUUUUUGACCCGGGCCCAGUUGUUAUACCUCCUAACAUCGUGAGAAAGUUAAACCUGAAUAUACAACACCCAGAAGAAGAUAAAACUAACAAUACUUCGCAAACAAAUGAAAAUGCACCGGUUAUAGGGAACUUUAAAAGUUUUGCUUUACCAAAACCUAUUCUACUGAAUAGGUUAAAACUGACUGUGAAAACUGCCGAUAAGACUACGAAAAGCUCAGGCAAAAGGGCGAAGCGAAAGAAUAAGAGCAAGUCUUCUCCGGCUCCGGGCCAGCCCGAAGGGGAGGAGGACGAGGAUGAGGAGUCGGGCGACGAAGCUGACCUCUCCAAGUAUGACUUAUGGGGCAGCGACGCUGAGCAGGGCAACUCAUCCAAAGCUGAUAAUGCGGAUAAAGCGAAAGACGGCGAGGGUUCCAAAGAGGGCGGGUCCGACAGUCAGGACGACAAAAACGACAACACUUCGCCACACAAGAGUAAGAGAAGGUCUAGGAGUUCCUCUUCCUCAUCAAGCUCGUCUUCUAGUUCCAGUUCUAGUCACAGUUCCACAGCUCCUAAAAACAAAUUCGACGAUUUCAACUUGAACAGUGAGCGCGAGUCGCCCCCGAAGGGUCGCAAGUCGCGGUCUCGCUCGCGGUCGCCGCGCUCGCGGGCCCCCUCCCGCCGCAAGUCCCGCGACAGCCGCUCCGCUGGAGAAACCAGCAGGAGCCACGAGUCAUCGCGCGACAAGGAGUACUCCCGCGACCGCGAGCGACGCGACAGGUCGCGCGGCAGUCGCGAGCGCAAGGAGCGGCGCUACAGCCGCGACGGCGGCAACCACUACAACUCGCGCGGCCGACAUCGCUAGGCACGGCGCUGCUCCUGCUGCGACCUGUACGCCGAGGCCGUCUCCCGUCUUACUCUCCAGUAAGCGCACGCGUUCGAGGCGAUUGCCGCCACAUACAACAAACAUAGUUAUACAAAAUAGUCUUAACUCAUGUGUAUGCAGCUCUUGUCAAACUGAUUGCAUAUAAGGUUUUAUAGCUGUCUAAAUAGGUCUGUUUCAUAAAAAAUAAACUUUUUAAACUGUUCUCUCCUAUGCAAAUGAUGCAACUGAAUCUUGUCGAAAGUGUCUAAUUUAGGGACUAAUUGGAAUUUAUUACUAAUUUGUAGGUUCGUAAAAUAAUUAUUGUAUAUAGUACAAUGUUGUGGCUUAAUCCACACAUUUUUAAAGUUAAGAUGUACGUUAUUGUUACUCGCGAGUCCAAAUGAUUAAAUUGGUAAAUGUCAAACAUUUUAUGUGUUUACUGUUUGUGAUAAUUGCUUAUUAGAAAUUCAAAGAAUAACAUUAAUCAUACGUAGCGCGCUUGAUAGAAAGAGAUCUCAAGAUAGUCACAGUACAUUAUUUUAAUGUGUUUUGCGAAGUAAGAGUUUCGGAUUCAAAAACAAAAUCAAUUAUGUUACUACACCUAAAAAUCACCUUAACAUCAUUAGUGUCAAAUAUAUUCAAAAUUGACUAUUCAAAUAUUUUGAGACAAUAAACGUACUUUCCAGAUACGAAAGUACGCGACGAUUCCAUGACGCUAUGCUCGUUUCUCACGUCACUCACAUUUGAAAUAAAAACAUUUGACUUUGUUCCCUGGAGAGAUGGGAUCCAAUGGGGAUGUUUUUGCAACUAUAGUCCAUCAGUGUGGAAGUAUUCUCCACGAUGCGACUAGACUCUAUUUAAAAUGUAGGGUUCUUAGGCCACUAUCCCACUGGCGUUUUACGAGCUUUGGCGCUUCUCUGACGUCUGCGCACGACGACGCGACGUUAACUUUGCGAGUUUCUUGCAUUGCACAGCAAGUGUGGUGUGCGACGUUAACUUUGCGUUCAGCGGAUGUAUCGCUUGCCAAUAGAAACUCGCGACGUUAGCGUCUCGUCUGCCUGCGCGACGUUGGCGCUGCGCAGAGGUUGGAAAAGCGCCAAUGCUCGUAAAACGCCAGUGGGAUAGCGGCCUUAAUAGGGAUGCCGUUCUGGACAAUAUUUAAUAAUAAAUGUAGCUAUAAAGAGAGUUACGUGAGUCCUGGCGAUGUCUUCAGAUGCGUUGAAGAGGAAACGAGGAGCUAGGCCACAAAUGUCCAUUAUAAAAUCAGUAAGAAGGUUUGACAUAAAAAUAAUAGUCGUAGUGGCGACUGUCGAAGACAGAAAACAGAAGACAAGAUUAAGAUAUAGGACUCCCACACAAAACUGCGAACUCAGAAUCGCUAAUAUCUGCGAACUCGCACGAAUGCACCGCAAGAACUCCCGAUCUCAUUCGCAUCGCGCAUUCAUGCGAUAUGACGCCCCUUUAAAAGUACUACUUUCUACGAAAUGGUUUGCCGCGCAAAAUAGUAUCGCAGGUGUAUCUGCGAUUUGCGAUGCGGCAUCGCAUCGGAGUUUUGUGUGAAAGCCCUUAAUUCGAGCAGGAAAACUGCCAAAAUACGUGCAUUUUCUUGUGUGAUAGCUACAGUAAUUAAUAAGAGCCAUAUCAUCGCACAAACCUGUUAAAUAGUUUUCGACGUUUGCCACACACUAACAACGACACUCCUUAGCGUUUAUACCAUUAUCUAGACCUAAACUUCAAACAGGUUCUUCAAAUCCUAAAACAUAAUGACUAUUUUCGUGGAUACAUUGAUACAGCGAUUUGGUUGUGAAAAAUCUGUCGGCGAUGCUUAGUUUUCGCCUCCCUGAGUCGAAAACAAAAGAAUGUAAUGUUUAAAAGAUCAUUUGAAAAUAGAUUGUCACAUCUGUGGGAAGGCCAGAUGCAUGUUAAUUUAUAUCAGAAUCAACUUCAAAGAAAUUGGCUUUUAAAAUGGGAAGGUCUGAAUAGCUGUACUGGAUGUAAUAAUUGUAAAGUUAAUGAUUGAUCGUGAGUUAAUGACUAAUGAUGAGAAAGACUGAUUGGUAGAUGGUUAAGAGCCGUGUAAAUGAGUAGCCCGAUGCGUAGUGGAGUGGGCUAUGGGAAGUUACUGUUACAUCAGUGUCAGCCUAUCCUUACGCUAUCCUUUAACGUGUGAUAUUGUAACUUUGUAAAUAAUAAUCGUAAAACAUAAUCGCUUCUUAACGAAUAAGGUUUGAUAUAAAAAUAUGUAUAUCUCAGGAAAAUUGUUGAUUGUCUUGUAUUGUCGUCGUUUCUCUCUCAUGAUUAUAAUUUUCUUGCAAAAUGUUUUGUAGCCGGUGAAAAGACAAUUUUGUUAAUUUUUGAAUACCUAGAUACGAAUUACAUCUAUGUAAGCUAACAUUGUAUGGUAAUUGAUUUACCAUUAAAACAUAAUAAAAUCCA